CAUCCCUCCAUUUCCCCGCGGCAGAGGCGCAUUGUGUGUGUCGGAAAUGGGAAAACCCUGAGCCGUGAGGUUGUCGCUGCUGGCUUCACUGGAGACUAUAGAGAGUUACACGACGGCAGAGAGAGGGAAGAACAAGCAACCCUGGAGUUUUAAGCGGAGGAGACGUUAGUUCUUGGAGUUUUUUUUCGCCAUGAGCUGGGGAACGGAUCUUUGGGACCAGUUCGAGAAUCUCGACAAACACACACAGUGGGGCAUCGACUUCCUAGAGCGCUAUGCAAAGUUUGUCAAGGAGCGUCUGGAGAUCGAGCAGGCCUAUGCAAAGCAGCUACGGAGUUUGGUUAAGAAGUAUUGCCCAAAGCGCUCCAAAGACGAUGAGCCCAGGUUCACGUCUUGUCUGUCAUUCUACGCCAUCCUGAAUGAGCUGAAUGACUAUGCUGGUCAGCGAGAGGUUGUUGCAGAGGAGAUGGGCCACAAAGUGUAUGGAGAGCUCAUGAGAUACUCACAAGACCUGAAGGGAGAGAGGAAACAUCAUCUUCAGGAGGGACGGAAGGCCCAGCAGUAUCUAGACCAGUGCUGGAAACACAUGGACAAUAGUAAAAAGAAGUUUGAACGGGAAUGCAAAGAGGCGGAGAAAUCGCAGAUGAUGUACGAGAGGUUAGACAAUGACAUCAACGCCACAAAGUCAGAAGUCGAAAAGGCAAAGUCCCAGCUGUAUCUGAGACAACACAUGGCGGAGGAGAGCAAGAACGAGUACGCGGCCCAGUUGCAGAACUUUAAUGGUGAACAGUGGAAACAUUUCAACCAGGCCAUCCCUCAGAUAUUCACUAAUCUUCAGAACAUGGAUGAACGGCGAACUGUGAAACUCGGUGAGAUGUACCGGAGUUUUGCUGAGGUUGAGCGAAGAGUCAUUCCAAUUGUCUCAAAAUGCCUGGAAGGCAUGGUUACUGCUGCUAAAAAUGUGGACGAGCGAAGGGAUUCUGGGAUUGUAGUGGAGUCAUUCAAGUCGGGUUUUGAACCCCCUGGUGAUUUCCCUUUUGAAGACUUCAGUCAGAACAUCCAGCGAACAGGGUCAGACAGCACCAUUGGGACCCCCAAAACAGAGGGAGGCAAACCAGACCCCAAACACGCAAUCAGCAGGACCAAAAACAAACUCUGGCUCUUUGGAAAGAAACCCAAGCUUCCCCCAUCCAUCCCACCUCCUUCCCGCCCGAGUUUUCCCUCUAGCCAUUUCCAGACUCCUAAAUUUCCUUCAGAGCGGAAAGCUAACCAUCUAUCUGAAAUGAGAAAUGCAAAAUCUAAGAUCACGACCUUCCGAGCUGUGAGAAGAGGGGCGCCAACACUAGAGGAUCUCAGCCACCUUCCCCCUGAACAGAGACGCAAAAAACUACAACAGCGGAUCGAUGAGCUGAAUAAAGAACUGCAGAAGGAACAGGACCAAAGAGAUGCUCUCAACAAAAUGAAAGAUGUCUAUGAGAAGAAUCCCCAGAUGGGAGAUCCUGGAAGUCUCCAGCCCAAGAUAUCAGAGACCAUAUGCAACAUGGAGAAACUCCGCUCCGAGAUCCAUAAAAAUGAGAGCUGGUUAGCAGAGGUGGAAGGAAAGCAUGGAUCUCGAAGUGAGCGGCGGUCCAGUGCAGAUGUAAACCAUCACGCUCCGCACGGAAGAGAGAGUCCUGAAGGCAGUUAUACAGAUGAUCACAGUCAGGAGCAUCGGUCUCCGCCACAGCCGGACCCUCACGAAUUUGAUGACGAGUUUGAUGAUGACGAUCCACUCCCUGCCAUCGGCCACUGCAAAGCUCUCUACUCUUUUGAUGGAUCUAAUGAAGGCACAUUAGUGAUGAACGAGAACGAGGUGUUAUACGUCAUAGAGGAGGAUAAAGGAGAUGGCUGGACACGGGUUCGGAAAAAUAGCGGAGAGGAGGGUUACGUCCCCACAUCCUACGUGGAGAUCACAAUGGAGAAAAACAGCAAAGGUUCCUGAUUGGAUGAUUGGGGUUCUGUGGUGUUUGGUGGACGGGGCUCACUGCUGUGGGUCUGUUAGUGGGGCGGUGGGGCGAAUUUAGGAGCGAGAUCGUGUUGGGGCAGGUUGCAUGUUUGCAUGCUGUUUGUGUCAUGGCCAUUAACAUCAUUCCAUUGCAGCAGAUGUUCCAGGGAUAUGCAUGGAGGGCAUGGGAGAACGAGGAAAGAUGUUCUUGAGCAAUAAUGGAAAACCCAAAGAGAGUCAGUCAUAACCUGGUACUAACAUGUUUGCCUCUACCAUCUUCUCAUGUUCAUCAUAACAUGCUCCUGCAUGAUUUCAUUCCUCAUUCUCCGACCCCUUAGUAGGAUCUAACCACUUAUCCAACCACUUUCAUCUCAUUUGUUUGAUUUUUCACUUUUUGUUUCUGCUCAUUGAUGCAUUCCAUUUUAACCAUGGCGUAACUUUCAAAAGCAUGACCAAUCAGAGUAGAGGAGGCAUGGUGCGACAGUCCCCACUGCAACAUCCACCACUUGCCCCACCCCCCUCUGCAUAAGUCUGGAGGAUCUUGACCAGCAGGGGGAACCAAACCAGCAGAGGAAACUCCAGCGAGGACCUUGAACACCGACCCGUCAUCUCCGCCUUAAUGACAGGCCUCUGUAUGGAAACCAAAACCCUAUAGGGGUCUAUCUGAUCCUCAAUGCCCAUAAAGGUGGGCUUGCCAGCUCUCUGCGGUGCUUUUUUUUCAUCAUUUCUUGUCCAGCUCCCGGUGUCACGUGCUGAAAGACAUGCUCACUGCCUCCUAACAAGGGACCACACGUCUCCAGAAUCUGAUCUCAAGUGCGUGUAUUUGUGAAUGUGAUUCUUACUUAUCAAACUGUGUAUGCAUAUGGAUGCGUAUAUGCAUAUGUAUAUACCUAGUUAGUUUUGAAUAUUAAACUGUAUGUAUUAACAUCUUUAUUUCAGAAUGAAUGUGCCAUUGUGACUCUUUUUUUUUUCUCUUAACCAAGCAAGUGACUUUCAGGCUUUGCUUUUCAGAACCGUGCCGUAAUCUCUUUGUAACCAGUUCCUUUUCCUGUUUGAAGUCAGUUCUUAGGACCCUGGUCUUAAUCGAUGCACUUUUUACCCUGUUGCAUUUGAAUUGGAGUCAUAGAGAGUGAAUGCUGUCGGGUGUGAAUGCUUUCUUUCGCGUGAAUGUGCUGUACAGCGAGGCAAAGUUGACCACUAUAUACUGGGGUUUGUUUUGGAGCAAGAGCAACUGAGAAAUAAAUACUUAUGUCUGUUUGUCUCG